GCUGCUCUUUGUUUCCUCUACCUAUUUUCUGUAUGGAGUGCUGUAUUGUAUGAGUUUGGAAUUGUCUGAUUGAGCUUAUUGCGACUCAAUUCAUUGCGACACAGCUGAAGCUCAAGGUCGAACGGAUAGGUCAGUGAUUAUCACCAUGAGUCGCUCACUAUUCCGCUCCGCCGCACGGCAAUUGCGAGCUUCAACCCUCCCUCGUCAUCAAACUCGUCGAUGGGCAUCUUCAACCGCAACAUUUAACUGGGAGGAUCCCCUUGCCGCAUCCGAGCUGUAUACAGAGGAAGAAUUAGCUAUUCAGGAUACAGCGAGACAGUACUGUCAGGAACGGCUAAUGCCACGGGUACUAGAGGCCUACCGAAACGAAAACUACGACCGCAAAAUCCUCGAAGAAAUGGGCGAAAUCGGUCUCCUCGGCGCCUCAAUCGAAGGCUACGAAUGCGCCGGCGCAAGCACAGUCGCAUCCGGCCUGAUCACAAAAGAAGUUGAGCGCGUCGACUCCGGGUAUCGAUCAGGAAUGUCAGUGCAAAGCUCACUGAUCAUGACUGGUAUCCACGAAUUCGGUACGCAAGAACAAAAGGAUAGAUUUUUGCCGCAACUCGCCAAGGGGAAGUUGCUGGGUUGCUUUGGGUUGACGGAGCCGAAUCAUGGAUCUGACCCUGGUUCCAUGGAGACUGUUGCGCGCGAACAUCCGACAAAAAAGGGGUACUACAGUCUAUCGGGUGCAAAGACGUGGAUUACAAAUUCGCCGAUUUCGGAUGUCUUGUUGGUUUGGGCUAAGCUGGAGAGUACGGGGAAGAUUAAGGGUUUCUUGAUUGAGAGAAGUAAAUGUCCUCCCGGUACGCUUGAGACUCCUGCGAUCAAGAACAAGACUGCUCUGCGGGCGUCUAUUACGGGUAUGAUUCAGAUGGAUAACUGCCCUGUUCCGGAGGAGAAUAUGCUGCCUACUGUUGAAGGUCUAUCUGGACCUUUUACUUGUUUGAAUAGUGCGCGAUUGGGUAUUGCUUUUGGUGUUACUGGUGCACUGGAAGAUGCACUCAGCCGAGCAAGGGAAUACUCCUUGGAUCGUAAACAAUUCAAGGGCAACCCUCUAGCCAAAUAUCAACUCAUCCAAAAGAAGCUUGCCGAUGCCGCUACGGAUGCUGCUUUUGGCACUCUGGCCGCGAUCCAGGUGGCUCGUCUCAAGGAUGCAGGCAAAUCGACGCCGGAGAUGAUUUCAAUGAUCAAGAGGCAGAAUUGUGAUCGGGCGUUGGCCAAUGCUCGCACCCUGCAGGAGAUAUUCGGCGGCAACGCUACCAGCGAUGAAUACCAUAUUGGCCGUCACGUAGCUAAUCUCUUUGUUACGCAAACAUAUGAAGGUCAGAGCGAUAUACAUGCGCUCAUUCUCGGUCGCGCAAUCACGGGUAUUCAAGCGUUUGUCUAGCGAUUAAGACGACUAAAAAGAUGCAUGGCAUAAGUCGUUGCAUAUAGAAGGUAAAAUUGUAUAUAACUACUGAGAUAAAUGAACUGUAAAAGAGCGGC